UAAAAUCCAACUUCCAAAUACACAAACUCAAAGCAAUCAUGUUCAUAGUAUUAUUCAUACCAUACCAAAUCUAUCUACUUUGAUUCAUCUUCACUACAUAACAAUCUAUAUUCUUAUACUAAAUAUAUAUAUUCAACUUGUUUUGAUCUGAUCAAGCCAUCUAUUUAUAGUAAGAUGCAGCAAAACUUGGUGGGUAUUCCAUGUCAAUCAACCAUGAACCAUGAAAUUGAAUCAAUUGAAUCCUCUCCAAAAUCAACAACCCAUCAUGCAGAUUGGGAUGAGCCACUCCCACAAGUUCCAGGAGCCAAACUCAGGCUAAUGUGUAGUUAUGGGGGCCACAUAAUUCCUCGUCCACACGACAAAGCUCUCAGCUACGUAGGUGGAGAGACUCGAAUCAUUGUAGCUGAACGGAAUUCACCUCUUUCAGACCUUGUGCAUCGUCUGUCGCACACUUUACUUGACGGUAGACAGUUCACCCUCAAAUACCAGCUCCCAAACGAGGACUUAGACUCGCUAAUAUCGAUCAGUAACGAUGAGGAUCUCGAGAAUAUGAUCGAGGAGUAUGAUCGAAUUGUAACUGCGAAUGCCUACUCGAAGCAGGCUUCGAGUAGGCUUCGUUUGUUCUUGUUUUUGGCUAAGCCAGAGACGGCGCAGACUAUGGGAGCCUUGCUUGAUGAUGCACAGUCUGAGACAUGGUUUGUUGAGGCUCUUAAUGGGGCUGAUGUUUUGUCUAGGGGGUUGUCUGAGUCUGCUGCUGUUGGGGAUUUGCUUAGACUUGAUAGUGGGAACAGUGAGCAUGGGAUGCAACUCCCUCCUGGUUGUUCUGAUAUUGGUUCUGUGCCACCAAAACUUGCAUUACCUCAGGAUGUGCAUUCCAUACAAUCAAUACUAUCAGACUCACCAAUGGUUGAACACAACACAUCAUCCUUUGAUUCAUCAACCUCAUCUCCAUCCAUGGCACACUUGCCACCAAUCCGAGUCCAAAUCGACGAGCAAAGCAAAGCGAAUACAAGGGUGAGGGAAGAAAUGAAAGGGGGAGUACCUUUAGAAGAGCAGUUCUCAGCUCAACUGAGAGUCAGUCCUCCUCUUCCUGCUAGUUUGGCACCAAUUUCUAGUGCAAUGGAUGGACAUGAUGGCAAUAACAGUGGGAUUUCCGAGGAGGAAGGGGUGCCUGUCUCGUCGAGAAAGCCACCUCUUCCUUUGUAUAUACCGGUGCAGGGAAUGCAGCACAGAUUUGGUGGAGGUUUGCAUUCUCCUAAGGAUUCUAAAUAUGCUGCUGGUCUUAAUUUGGCAUCACCUGAUUCUGUUAGCAGUGCAAGCAGCAUAGCUUCAGGAAUCUCUCUCACAAAAGCAACACUCCAUCAAGAACAAUCACAAGUUACCUCCAUGGAAGAUACCAAACCACCAGCCCACCAUCAACACAUCAUAGAACCAAAACCCGACAACCGAACCCUCGUGCCACCACAUCAAAACACCCAACUACAACAAACCCAUCAAGAUCCUACCAAAUACAUAUAUACCCAACAACAACAAGACCAUCAUCAGCAUCAACACCAAUUUAUCCAUGAAAACAUUCAUUACAUUCCAACACACUCAGCAAUGCCAUCCUAUCAUCACCCACUCUAUGCAACGCAACAACAAAUCCACCCUCAAGUUGAUCAUCAGCAAUAUUCAAUGUAUUUACUACCCGUUACCCAAACACCCCCUUAUAACGUUGCUCAACCCUCAACAAUAGCUCGUGCUCAACCACCUGCGUACCCCACAAGAGCGGCUGCAACACCAACAAAUAACCAAUUUCAACAAUAUGUUGGUUAUAAUGCUGCUAAUUAUGGACACUUUGAUUAUGGUCAUAAUCAGGUUUAUUAUACAGGACAACUUCAACCAACAGCUUCAGCUGUUAAUAUGACGCCUUCUCAAUAUCAAAGUAUAACUCCAGCUCAAGCAGCUAUGAUUACCGAGGCUACUUUAAAGUUGCCUACUAAUAUUGAGUCUAAUAAGCAACCACCCACUUCAUAACGAAUCAUUUAUCCUUGGAUAAGGUCUUUAGUUUGUAGCAGUGUCACAUGAUUCGAAUCGCCAAAAAAAAAAAACAAUAA